AGAUAUAUUUUGAUUUUCAAAAUGCCUUUUUAAGCAUAUUUUGAUUUUGGGUUUCACAACUGCACGAAGCAAGCAAUGGAUGCUAAAGCAGUGUGGGAACAUGAAAUAGAUAUACCCGAGCUCGCAAUAGCUCUGUGAUUCUCUGUUUUGCUUUUAGACUAAGAAAUCCUUACAUAUUUCUCUUUUUGAAUGCUAUGACUGCAUUCCGCUUUUCCGCAUUGUUCUUGAGUAGUUUCGUUUACCUGAUGCUGCAGUGUGUAGUUUGCGUUUGAGGAAGCUUGUCGAAGAUUGUGCUGUUUGUUGCAACGUGGUGAGGAUGGGAAAAUCUCCUGCGAAAUGGUUUAGAUCUGUUCUUUUGGGGAAGAAAAGCUCCAAAUCUGGUAUACCUUCAAAGAAAUCUGUAAAGAACAAAGGAUCACUAGUUUCUUCCAAGGAAUCCGCAUCCAACUUGUCAACAGACCUCCUGUCUUUGGUUCCAGAAACUCUUCCCGUUAGUACUUUACAAUUAAAAGAGGACUCAAACUCUGUAAAAGGAGAAGCUGAAAAGUCGCUCAGUGGUGAGGUGGUUAAUACUUCUAUAAACCAAAAUGAUAGUGCAGGCAGUGCAAGUGAAGUUACUGUUAAUCUUACUGAUGAUUUAGAGAAGCUUCAGCUUGUGCAAGCUGCAACAAAAGCACAAGCUGCUUAUAGAGGUUAUCGGGCUCGCCAAGCGUUUCAGACUGUCAAGCGUAUUGUAAAACUUCAAGCACAGAUCCGUGGACAUUUGGUCAGAAGGCAAGCUGUUAGUACCUUAAAUUCUAUUCUGGGUGUUGUUAAGAUUCAAGCACUUGUACGCGGUCAAAUAGGUAGGCGUUCAAAUUUCAAAGGAGAAGUUUUCACAAAUCAGGCACUAGGUCAUUUCAAAACUAAGGCAUCAAUUCCAGCUGACAAGCUACUGGACAAUGCAUUCACCAAAAAGCUACUUUCAUGGUCACCCAACACAGUGCCUCUACAGCUUCACUAUGGUCCUGAGGAGCCAAACUCUGGUGAUGAAUGGUUAAAGCGGUGGACUAUAUCAAAAGUGUGGAUUCCACAAUCUGAGCCUAAACAUAUUUCUGACCCAAAUCACCAAACAUCCAAGAUAGACGACAGAUCAAAUCACCUUAGUUCUGAGGCUGAGAAAGUUAAGAGCAACUCAAAGGCUACUAUAACACAGCAUUCUGCAAAAUCUGUUUCUGAAAUUGAGAAGAUUAGAAUUAACCUGAAAAAAAUAUCCAAGCCUAUAAUAGAAGAAUCUGCUUGUCCAGAAGCAGACACUGACAGUUCAAUGCAAAAUCUUAAGCAGCCACCAACAACUACUGACGAUAUUCCACGUAUUGAACCAGAUAAAUAUGCUGUUGUAGAAACUCUUGUUCAAGAGGGUUUUUCAAUGGUGACAUCACAUAAUGAGUUUUCCAGCAUUCAGUCCAAGGUUGAACCGACAAAACCGGAUGAUGUAGAAACACAUGUAGAGAAGCUAUCCAAAACUUCACCUGGCCCAAUUGCUGUCAAGAAUCACGAGGAAGAUGUUAUAACAUCAGAUAAUAAGGUGCUAAACAGCAAUCACAAGAACAGGAAGAGAAGAGUCUCAUUACCUUUAAAGUGUGAUAUAGAUUCAGGCACACACCCCACCACAAGAAAGUUACCAAGUUAUAUGACUCCAACUCAGUCUGCGAGGGCUAAAAUGAGGGAGCAGGCAUCACCCCGGGAUGGGCAAGAUGGUUUAGAGAACAUUACUGUGAUGAGACGUUAUUCUAUGCCAUCUUUGAGUAUUGGAAAGAUGAGUUCAUCACCCCGCAUACAGAAACAUGUGAUUCAAGCAAGUGGCAAAGAAGGAAUUAAAAUUGACAGAUCCUUAUCAACAUCCAGGGAUGGGUCAGAUAAGGCCAUUCGAGCAGAGUGGAAGAGGUGAUAUUGAAAAAACAUGUCACUAACAGAAGUUACCAUCCCAAGUAUGAAAUGAAGGUGAACAGUGAAGUAGUUAGUUUUUUUCUUGAUGCCUAAUUGUAAAACCAAUUGACUUAUUAGAAAGCAUGCACCCCGCAAGAUUAUAUGCCUUCCAUACUCUCUAUCUAUAACUGCCUUGUGGUAUUAGUUUUAUCCUCAACAGUCUCUUCUCCUUUUGUUUUGUUUUUCCUUGUAAUGUUUGCAAGUAGACAUGAUUGCACACCUUGACUGUCUAUCAAAUACCAGAGUGCAUACUUAUUUAUCAUAAG